AAUAUUCAUUUUUAAAGGCUGGAAUGGAUGGAUUUAGAAAAAAGUACUAUAUUAUUUCCUCAUGAAAUUAAGAAAAAAAUAUACAUUUUGCCUGAUGCUUCUAAUGAUUUAACCUCAGUAACGUUUCAAAUCAUUAAAGAAGAUCAUACUUUAGCAAAUGCUCUUAGAUAUAUAAUUAUGAAGAAUCCUGAUGUUGAAUUUUGUGGGUAUUCUAUUCCUCAUCCAUCUGAACCUAAACUUAAUUUUCGAAUUCAAACAUAUAGAAAAGUUUCUGCUGUUGAUGUUUUUCUUAAAGGACUGGAUGAUUUAAUAGCUCUUUGUGAUCAUGUUGCAGAUACUUUUCAAAAAGAAAUAAGAUUUAGCAAUAGUAAAGAAUAUAAAAGAGUAAAUUAA